AUGCCAUCCGCCCAAUGGACGUCAAUUUCCACUAUGACACUGAAUGCUGACCUUGAUCUAACUUCGGGCGUGUUGGGCAACCAAGUCCCGGAUACGAGCCCAACGAUCACUUGGAACGAUGAUCAUAUCACUGUGCUCCCAGCGGUGUACAACGAGUUCGACGAGAAUGUCUGCGAAGCGGUCGACAUCCCAAUCAUACAGUUCAUGGCCCAGUUCCCUAUAUCUGCCUUGGACUCCAGGAAUGUCGUACAUAUACCAUAUCAUGGAGUGUCGCGAGAAACUCUCUUACAGGUCGUCGGAAACUACCUGAGCUAUAACAAACCCAUCGUCAUCAGAGGGGUUGAGCGCCACGAACACUACGAGGAGCUUACGGCAGACUACCUCGAUAGGAAUUUUGCGAUUUCACCGCAUCGCCCGGUGUGCAUUCAUGACGUGAUGUUGCGUUCGAUGGACCAUGUGAACACUACGACCACCGGCACGAUAGAUUCGUUCUUCGAAUCCAUGACGGAUUCAACGAGGAUACAAUGUAUCCUUGAUUUACCACUUGCACAAACAUCGCUUCCAGAGCCUCUCAGGAACAUCGACCAUGGACUCGUCUAUGGGUGGAACCAGACCACACAUUCUGUUCCGAUGCAGUCCGACGUUCAUCCUGAGAACUUCACUGUCAAGGGAUGGGCACUACUUCACCACGCCGGAUUUCUGACAUACCCCCAUCACGACGCUGAGGGGACGUUGACGUGGGUGAGGAUGGAGGUCGGAGUGAAAUUCUGGGUGAUUUUCAGGCCCAAGUAUCACCAUCGCAAUCGACUUCAUCUUCAGCAGUUCGCUACGAAACUUGUCGAUUUCACAUCCCACAAGAAAUGGCUGGAGAAGCACUGCGACGGGGAAGUCAUAGUUCUUCGGCCAGGUGACAUGUUGAUUAUGCCUCCUGGAACGAUUCAUGCGGUGUAUACUCCGGUUGCAUCAUUCGCUACAGGAGGACACUUCUAUCAUUAUAUGUGCCUGCACCUAACCGAACUCGCGCGAUAUAUCGACGCUGAGGUUGCUGAUUCGACCACCAAUCAAGCUCUUGAGCAUGCCGUGGAAACCCUUCGUCGGAUGAUGAUCAUGGUUCCGUAUCUUUCACGACGUAUAUUGCUGUACAAGAGAUCGUUGCUUGGCCUUUGCAUCAUGGUGACUAAGACAGCGGAAUAUCGUGCCAAGGGUAGCCGCAAACAUUCUAUCGCAACGUCGGAAACUUCACAGCCAAGCAAAGAUAUUUCAGAAGUGAUCAUGGAGUCGUAUUUUGGGUUGUCGAGAAAGCUGCGCCCAGGCACUGUCAUGUACAUGGGCGAUCAGUUGAUGCCAGGAGAGCGAGUGGAUCGAGAUGAUCUCGACAGGGUAUUGAGAAGAUCGUUGAGGUUGUAG